GCAGAUAAGAGAGGGAUUUGGCUUGAUUGAGUUCUCAUGUGUCACUGUCUCCUCACACUGACUCUCACUCCCACGCUUGCUGCUUCGACUGCCUCCAUUUUCUCUUCUAUUUCCGAAAUAUCGGAAAAAGAAACUAACGCCCAACGCAAAUUAUUAUUCCUUUCAAAAUUCAACCCACUCUUACCUACUUUCCUUCAAUUUCAUCCUUAUUUUACCCUCUCAAAUGACGAUAAUCAACACCCCCAUCCCAUCUCCAUCUUCUUCUUCUACUUCCUCCACAUUUCCUCCUCCUUGCUUCACUUCCCUAUACCGCAGCUCCAGGGUUUUGCCUCGGGUGCCUUGUACCACCAAAGGAUUUGCCUUACCUCUAGUCUUCCAACAACAACUAAUAAUGUAGUUUCUAGAUGCUUCUCUUCUUCUGUGGGAGUAGAAGCAUUAGUUACGUCCAAAUCUGAGGAUGUUACUGCGCCUCCUCGCAUUGGUGAUGACAAAAUCGGCGUUUUGUUGCUCAAUCUUGGAGGUCCUGAAACUCUCGAAGACGUCCAGCCUUUUCUGUUUAACCUUUUCGCUGAUCCGUAG